AUGGCAGGCGCCACGAUCACCCAAACCAGCGCCUCGCAUGCGCGAAAGCGACUUCGCGCUAGAGAGGAUGCGGCGGAGGCAUCUAAGAGAGGAUCGACUCAAGAAAAUACUAACGGCGCGAGCAAUAUCGCCGUAGAGCAGCCAGCUUGUGGCUCGAAUAUCCAGGAGAUCAAGGAGGAACUCGUCAGUCUCUAUGCGCCCUCUGUCGAAGCAAAGAUAUGGGGUGUUGCAGCAAAGGGUUUACGACAAUCCUCACCGCCCACACUCUUUCCUGAAUACACCAAACCUGGCGGUGUCGAGUACAUCUAUCGAGAGCUGGACUUCUGGACAUCCGGAUUCUUUCCAGGCAGCCUGCAUCUGCUACUGGAACGAAGGAGGAAAUACGGGCAUAUCUUUGGCCGCCCGAAAGACGCUUCAUGUAGCGUACCGCAUCUCCUAAACCUAGAACACACGUGUAAAUACUGGACUGAGAAUCUCCAUCAAAACGCGUUGCUUAAAUCGACGCACGAUCUCGGGUUUAUGAUCAUGCCAUGGGCGAAGGUUGCAUACGAAACAAACCAUGAUCUCCGCGCACUCGAAACAAUUAAGACCGCUGCUAACACGCUGUAUUCUCGGUACAGCAGCAAGCUGAGAUGCAUUCGGUCAUGGGACACAUGUGUGACGAAGAAGUACAACUUCCAAGAUAUGGACACGGACUAUAUGGUGAUCAUCGACAACAUGAUGAACCUCGAUUUGUUGUUCUAUGCAGCUUCGAAGAGCGGGAACGCCGAGAUGUUUUCCGCAGCAGUGCAGCACGCGCGCACAACCGCUCGCACACAUAUACAGCCAGACGGUUCGACAACGCAUCUGAUAGUGUUGGAUCCACAAAGCGGCGAAAUUAAACACCGAUUGACGAACCAAGGCUACUCGCACACUUCAUGCUGGGCGCGUGGCCAAGCGUGGGGAAUAGCCGGGUUUGCGGAGACGUACCACUGGACGCGUGACGAGGAGUUUUUGCGCACAAGUCAGCGUGCAGCAGACUUCUUUGUCGCUCGGUUGGAUGAGUCAGGUGUGGUGCCAUGGGAUUUUGAUGCUCGAGAUGUUAUGGGACCAGGUCAGCCUUCGGACUCUAGUGCAGCGAUGAUCGCAGCUUACGGCAUGCUGCUUAUCCAUCAAGCUCUUGUCGCACUUGGACAACCGUCGCGGUACCUCAUGGAAGCAUUGAGGAUCACUCGGGUGGUGUGUGCGAAUAACCUCAACCCAGCAGCAGCACUGCUUCAAACAAACAUCCAAAUCGAGACGGUUGAGCAUGGCCGCGUGCAAGAAUCAAUUCAGCACGUUGAGAUGGGCAUUGGAGAUACAAUAUUGAAUGGCGCCACGAUCAAUAAUUUUGAAUUCGCACCUAGGAGAUGGGCUGAUCAUGGAUUGGUUUACGCUGAUUAUUAUUUCCUGCUGGUAGGGAACAAGCUACUGGAGAUCGGUAUCGGUGCUCAGAUUCUGGGUUGA